CUCCUCCCAACUUCCUUUUCUCCUUGCAGACGCUGGAGGCCUGAGCACAGACAGCAGUGAGGCCGUGGCUGGAGCAGCUUCACAGGUCCUGGCUGUCUUACUGGAAACAGUUCAUGUUGUCCCUUCCAAAGCCUCCUCAGUCUGCCCAAAGCUUGCCCCACAUCCCUUCCCCGAGAUCUCAAGAAGGCCAAGAGGACACCAGCCGAGGACAUGGAUGCACACAGGUCCCUUCUCUUCUGCCUGUGCCUUCUGGCUGCUCAAAGUAUCCCAGCAGAAACACUGUCAGAGCUACUGGACCUGAUGAAGCGCCUUGAGCGGCCCUUUGGCCGGACCUUGUCUUCCAGAGUGAGGCAUAUCCAUCGCCUGGAGGAGAUGCUGCUCAACGCCAGCUUCCGCGGGCACAACUUGACGCUGCAGACAAACUCCAUCCAGUCUCUGGUCUUCAAGCUGGGUUGUGACUUUCCUGGCCUCUUCCUGUCCAGUGCCACCCUGACAAAUGCCUCCCAGGCCUGGGCCCCACAUGCCAUGCAGUUCCCUGCUGAGCUGACCAAGAAGGCCUGUGUGACGUCCAGGCCUGCCGAGCUCCGGCUCGUCUGCAUCUACUUCUACACCGCAGACCUCUUCCAGGAUGAUAGUAACUCAUCCCUGCUCAAUAACUAUGUCCUGGGGGCCCAGCUGGACCACAGGCCUGUGAACAACCUUCAGAAGCCGGUCAACAUCAGCUUCUGGCACAACCAAAGUCUGGAAGGGUACACAGUAACCUGUGUUUUCUGGAAGGAGGGAGCCGCCAAGCGCAGCUGGGGGGCCUGGAGCCCCGAGGGCUGCUCUACAGAGCGGCCCUCCUCCUCUCAGGUUCUCUGCCGCUGCACCCACCUCACCUACUUCGCCGUUCUCAUGCAGCUCUCUGCAGACCCGGUGCCCGCUGAGCUAAGGGUGCCCCUUGAGUACAUCUCCCUGGUGGGUUGCAGCGUCUCCAUUGUGGCCUCCCUGCUCACCAUACUCCUGCAUGCCCACACCAGGAAGCAAAGUGACUCCACCUCACGCAUCCACGUGAACCUGCACGGCUCUGUUCUGCUCCUGAAUGUCACCUUCCUUCUGAGCUCCCAGAUGGCCCCGCCCACAGUGCCCAGGUCAGUCUGCCUGGUGCUGGCUGCCACCCUACACUACGCACUGCUCAGCUGCCUCACCUGGAUGGCCAUCGAAGGCUUCAACCUCUACCUUCUCCUGGGGCGCGUCUACAAUGUCUACAUCCACCGAUACUUGCUCAAGCUCUGCGCGCUGGGCUGGGGGUUUCCCGCCCUCCUGGUGCUGCUUCUUCUGGUGGUCAAGAGCUCAGUGUACGGGCCCCGCGAGAUCUCUUUCUUUACUAGCCAGGAAAACGGCACAGCCUUCCAGAAUGUGUCCAUGUGCUGGGUGAGCAGUCCCACGGUACACAGGGUCCUGGUCAUGGGCUAUGGUGGCCUAACAUUUCUGUUCAACCUGGUGGUGCUGGCCUGUGCUCUGCGCAUCUUGUGUAGGCUCCGGGCUCGGGAGAAGGCUCUGAGCCCCCGGGCCUGUCGGGACACUGUCAUGGUGCUGGGCCUCACUGUGCUACUGGGCACCACCUGGGCCCUGGCCUUCUUCUCCAUCAGUGUCUUCUUGCUGCCUCAGCUCUUCCUCUUCACCAUCUUCAACUCGCUCUAUGGUUUCUUCCUCUUCCUGUGGUUCUGCUCACAGAGGCAUUACUCAGAUGCCAAAGCCAAGGCAGAGAAGGAGGCAGUCAGCUCCUCGCAGAUGACACACUAAUCCAGCUCCCAGCCUGCAGCCUCAGCCUCGCCUACUCCCAGCAGCCCACAGCCCUGGCUUAUCCAGGGAAGGCGGUGGGCUGGUUGCGGAACACCACAGUCCGCUGUACUCUCCAGGGAUCCUUUUCACCUCUCAGAAUUACCUAGGGCAGAAGACAGCGUGCGGAUCCUUGUCCUGGUCCUUCAUACCUGAGUGCAGUUCCAUUGGCCAGCUAUGGACAGAGCACGGGCCUGCGAGCCAGGAGGCUACGCCAGGCUGGAUCACACCUGCUCAGCACUUACAGAUACUCACACUGUCGUGGCCUAUGCCUGGGGCCACUCUUCCUUCUGUCAGUCCCAACUGAUGACGACUUCAACUUUCUAUCUUUCCAAAGGCCAAGAAAUCCAGCCCUUGCCCUCCUUAGCCCCCACAGGUGGUGUAGACCAGCAGCCAAAGCCAGGCCUCUGUCUCUUCCCGGAAACAGAGCCAGCUGGGUUUGAGGGCUCCUAAAUCAUUGUGUAGGACCGGAUUUUCCUGGUGGACAUGACGGUGUGUGUUCAAAAUCUACAAACUCUGCCCACAAUGGGAGAGAAUCUGCACAGCUUUAGACCUGCCUGUCAGACCAGGUGGGAGACAGACAGUGCUUUCCCCACGAUGGACAGUAGGGGGCACUGUUGGCUUGUGCGCCAAGGCAUUAGCUCCAAAAUUGCCCCUGGAAAUGCAGCUGUUACCUGUCUGAGGGCCCAUCGACCAGGAAGAGAGUCUGGGACCUCCAACGCCUUUGGCCUUCAUACAUCCACCGUCUUUCGCUGUGCAUUUGAACAAGGUCACAUUUGGGGGUUUGUGCUCAAGCAUUCCUGCCACCAGAGCAGCUGGGUGGGGUAGAUUCUCCAUCAGACACACCAUGUCCUUGAACCACAGAAAGGGAAUCAGAGCUGGAUGACAUCCUCCUGGCGUGGGGGUGGGGAGUCCUCUGCCUUUCUGGGCAUUUCUGGGUAAUCAUGACUCCAUCCUCCCAGGGGGUCUUCUGCCUUUCUGGGUGUUUCUGGGUAAUCGUGUACUUAGCUCCUCACUGGCUGAUGAAUGUGUUACAGGCCCUGGACCAGGCUACCUCCACUCAGAUGUCCGGUCUGUUGCUGUGGGCAAGUCGUCCAACCUCUUUGUGCCUUAGUUUCUCCAUCUACAUACAGCAGGGACAACAGUAGUAACUCUUUGGAAGAGUCAGUAAAAGAGAAAAUCCACUUAAGUCUUACUACAUGAGGCCUCAAUAAAUGUUUACUGCUAUUA